CAUGCGUAGUAAAUAAGGAAUCCUACUGAUACACUUUAUAAAGCCUCUUAUUGUGCUCUCAGUUCCUCCAUAUCUUCUCUUUUUUCCGGUUGGAAUGUGUUUUUUAUAUUUGGUGUUUAUAUCUACCAUGAAUAAUGUGCCAAGGUCUCUCAGAUACUCUUCUCUUACCCUUUUCAAGCAAGUCAUAACAGCAGACCCUUGGCCUUUUUCUUUUACUUUCUUUUGAAAUCUCAUCUUCAAACCAAGAAAAAAAGAGAUUAGGGUUUGUGUUUUGUAUUGGUUUCUUGAUUCUCUUAAAAGCUAGUGCAAAGAAAUGGGUAGCGGGGAGAAGAGUGUAAGAGGGUUUCAUCUACACCUGCCACAUCAUCACGGGAAGAAACAAGUAAUCAGAGAUAUUCCAAAAGGGUGUUUAGCAAUCAAGGUUGGGCAAGGAGAAGAACAACAGAGGUUUGUAGUGCCAGUCAUAUAUUUUAAUCAUCCAUUGUUCAUGCAGCUGUUGAAAGAAGCUGAAGAAGAGUAUGGAUUUGAUCAGAAGGGAACAAUCACCAUCCCUUGUCAUGUUGAAGAGUUUAGGUACGUUCAAGGCAUGAUCGAUAGGGAAAAGUCCCUUCAUCACAAUCAUCAUGUUGGGUGUUUUAGAGUUUAAUUCAAAUCCUUAGGGGCCAAAUGGCAAGUAGCCCUAAUGCUUAUCAUCAACGAACACCUUAUCUUUGUCUAAUUAAUGACUUUUCGUCUUUGUAUAUUUAGAGUCUUCUAGGUUGUUUUGUUUCCUUUUAAUGCUAGACUUAGAUGUGUUAGGUUUUGGUUGGGUUGGUGAAUGGUGAUGAAGAUGAAGUGUUGAUGACGACAAAACGUUGCCUACAAUUGCAGUGAUUUUGUUACGAACCGUACGCAAUGGAAAAGAGAAGUCAUUACUUUGCUUCUGUUUUUUUAA